ACAACUGACAGCCCAAUGUCAAAAGUCAAGAUAUGUUGACGUUUUUUCUAUCGGAAAAACUACUAAUCUAAUGUUGAAAAUAACUGUUCUGACUGAAAUAAUUAAUUUCGAAUUAACAUUUCACUGAUUUAGUUUUCAACAUUAUUAUGAAGUGUUCUAAAAGUAACGCAUGAACAAAUAUGAGCAAUGUUACAAUUUUGGAAGAAAUCUGGACAGAAAAAUCGUGUUGGAACGAAUUUACUAGGCUCAAACUAUAACGAAAGCCUUCCACAAUAUGUCAGACCUUCAAAGACGACGGAAAAUUUUGAAUACGUACAAAUAUCGGAGGAAAUUUUAGACUCAGGAACUGAGGUGAAUUUGAAGAAAUCAUCAAUUGCAAGGACACUUCCAGAGAUAUUACAGGACAAGAAUGCUGUCAACCACUUCAUCCAAUUCAUGGAAUCAAGAGAAUCAGAGGCCUAUGUCCUUUGUUGGUUAGAUAUAGAGACCUUCAAGGUAGACAUCCCAAAAAUAUCCUCACCAAUUUCAUUGAGUGUUACAGAGCAUGAUAGUUUAUCAGUAAGCACAGAUUCUGACUCUAUUAUUUCAAGUGUGUCUAGCGAGUUUUCAGAAGGUAGAGGUUCAAAUUUAGGUAAAAACCCCAACCACAAUUGUGAUAAAGAAAGCAGUGAUAUUAGCAUUAGUCCAAAAUCUUAUAAGAAUUUCAAAGAAAAAAAUGAUCUUGUAGAUAUGGAUUUGUUGACCAGAAAUGCUCUCAUAAUAUUCAAAAAAUACAUAGCACAGGAAGCCAUUUUGAACAUUAAAUGUAAUGACAACAUAAGAAAGGAUUUAAUAGAAAAUAUUUGUGAUAAUACGAAAUUAAUCUCGGAAAAUUGUUUCUCAAAAGUACAAAAUCAUGUUUAUAACAUGAUGGAUAAAGAGUAUUUUGAAUCUUUUCUAUUGAGUGAUUUUUACUGUAAAUAUCAAAUAGAUGUACUGACCAGUGGGAAUAUAGUACUCUACGAUAUUUUAAGUAAUGAAACAGCCUUAUUUUACUUCAUGGAAUACUUAGAACAAGAAGAUCAGAGACACCUGCUUGAAUUUUGGAUGGCUGCAACAAAUUUUCAACAACAGUUGAAAAAUCAAGGUGAAUUCUUUGAUCCUGUGGAGGCACAAAAUGAUGCUGUGGUUUUAUAUGAUAAAUAUUUUUCCUUACAAGCUCUUUGUCCUUUAGGUUUAGGAGAUAAAGUGAGACUUUCUCUAGAGCAAAAAAUAUGUGGAGAGAAUGGUGUAACUUUGGACAGUUUCAAUUUAGCCAUCUCUAUUGUAGAGAAAAUACUUGAAAAAUAUUUCAUUCAGCCAUUUUUGGAAUCGCAACUCUUCUAUAAAUUCCUGUCUGAAUUGAUUAAUACUGUGCAAUCUAAUGGUUAUGCAACUUCAAUACAAAAACACAAAAGAUCUCCGUCUGAUGGGGACAGUGAACAUAGUUUUGCUUCCAGUACAUUUUUAGCUAUGGAAAUGAACCAUAAUCCAGUUAAAAAAUAUACGAAAGCCUCAGCAGAUAUGACUAUUGACACUAGAGAACUAUAUGACCCAGACUCUUUGUGGAAACAGAGAAGAAAAAGUAGAUUGCUUUGUGGUCAUGUUAAUGAUUUAGGUAGAUUCGAAACUGAAUUUGAACCAGAACCUGAUAGAGGUCAGUUUAAUCUGAAAGAUGUUGUUAGAAAGUUUGUUAGUUUGGAGGAAGAACAGAAACGGAAGGAGGAGAUGGCUUGGCAAGUUGCAGAAAUGAUUGUGAGAGAUAUAACAAAUAUUACUUUGAACAAUAAUUGAAUAGCUGUUUCAUAUUGAAGAUUAUUAGCUAGAAUACUUAUUUGACCUUGUAUAUUUUGAACUAAGCCAAUACCAGUUGAACGUUCUCUAAUAAUAUGUUGUCGCAUGUGUAUAGAACUUUAUUUGAUUCGUUUCAAUAAUACAGAUUAGGUUCUAAUUGAAUAUUGGUACAAUUUGAAUAACAUAUAUUUGUAAUUGCAUCAAGUUACUAGUUAUGGUUUUGUAAUACAAAGCUCACAUUGCUCUAUCCGAUUGUGUAAUUUUUUGUUAUUUCAUUGUAUAUAAGUGUAACAUAUCAAAAAUGACUCAUAGAAUUUGUAAAGUGAAAUUUAUAUUUUUUGUAUAUAAUGUAAUAGAUGAAUUAUUUCUUAUUAACUACCUGUUCUGUUUGGUGCUUUGAAUUUAACAGUAUUAUUAUAAUACCUAUAACCCUUUUCCACACGACAAAUUGACAACUACUUUAUUCAUUUUAGAUGAUAUAUUUUUACUCAACCGUUCUGCAAUAAAGAUCUAAGACAUU